AUGGCCCCCAAAAGAUCACUUGACGUCACCGGAGCCACCGUUAGCGAAGAACAAAGGGGGCGUCUUACGUCGGAGAAGCAGCUAGACUUGCAAGACUUGCCGGAAGGAUGCAUAUCCCACGUUAUCUCGUUAACAAGUCCUCCAGACGCAUGCAGGCUCUCCUUGCUUUCUAGGGUUAUCAAGUCAGCCGCAGAAUCCGACGCAGUCUGGGACAAGUUCAUCCCACCUGAUACACACGCGAUCCUUUCCCAGUCCAACUCCCUUCCCUUUUCAAAAUCCAAGAAGGAGCUCUACAUGACUCUCUGCGACAACCCCGUCCUCAUCGAAGACGGAAACAUGAGCUUUUCAUUGGACAAAUGGAGCGGGAAGAAGUGCUAUAUGAUAGCUGCAAAGCGCCUCAGGAUUGCUUGGGAUAAUACUGCUCCAUAUUGGAGACGAAAAUCUCUGACUAGUAAUCAGUCCAGGUUUAAGGAUGCGUCGGAGCAAUAUGGUAUGGUAGGUUGGUUUGAAAUCCGUGGGAGAAUCGAAACGCGCAUGCUCUCACCAUGCACGACGUAUAAAGCUUAUCUGGUGUACAAUGCUAGUAGUGAAGUCUUUAAUUCAUAUCAUCUAGGGCGGCCUGUGGUGGUCACAGUUGGUGCAAGAGCUUAUGGCUUUGAUUAUGAAUGUCCUGGUUUGCAGGAACAAACAGCAGGCAUGAAGCGCACUUCGUUUCUGUCACGCAGAAGAGAUUUAGAAGCUGAGAUCGCUCAUAUGGAAAGAAGGUUCGGAAGAAGUUUUCAAAACCAAGGAAGAUAA